AUGACAAAGAAUCCCGUCAACCAUGGUCGUGCAAAACACAUCGACAUCAAGUACCAUCACAUCCGUGAUGAAGUCAAGCGUGGUGAAGUGGAGCUUGAGCAUUGUGAGACUUCCAUCAUGCUCGCGGACAUCUUGACGAAGGCACUUCCGGGACCUCGUCACAAGGACUUAACGGCUGCACUCGGUAUUCAUGCGAGUUCGCAUUGA